UUUUGUUUUGACGCUGCUGUUCUAGUUCUAGAAGAAUUUUUCCAUUUUGCAGUUGACCACGAGUCGAGACUGUUCUUUCUCCUUACUUACUUACGUUUUUCAGAUUUAUUGUUUUUCAGCUCUUAAUUUUGGAGUCUCGCCAUUCAGUUUUGUGAAAUACAUCAUCAUGUCAUCAGAAUCGAAGGCGAUGAUGAUUGUGCCGUACGAGUGGAUUCUGGAGAAUAUCGAGGAAGAACCAAUGACGAUUGCGUCGAAUAUGAUUCUGUUUCGUGGCAAAAGAGUCUUCCGUGUGGGUUUGAAGAAUCACGCACUAAAUCCCGUUUUGUUUUUGUUGGCAAUUGAUCUCGAUAAAAUCGGAAUGAAAGUAGAAGAUGUAAUGUACGGAAAUCCAGGUAGUAGCUUUGGACUAGCAAAGAUGUGGAAAAUGAGAAACCAGGACAUCGGUGAUGAAGGAAGUUUACAGCUAUUCACCAUAACAUAUCCUAAGAAGUUCAUUGGAAAAUUAGAAAUUAUGUUUCGAAUUUGCAUCGUAGGGGCUCAUCCCGGCUACCCCUUUAAUCCGUCUGAUCGUCUGGCCAAGGAUCAAUUAUGGGCUGCUUUAAAAAAUCAACAAUAUCUCACGGACGUUGAAUUUGUGGUAAAAGACAAAACAUUUCCUGCACACAGAGCCAUUCUUGCUGCCCGCAGUCCCGUGUUUGCAGCCGAAUUCGAGAAGGUUCAAUCAGACGUUCCUCAACAGAUCCGAAUCGACAACGUUGAACCUUCAACUGUGUUGAAUUUUCUUCACUUCAUCUACACGGGAGAGCCGAUUGGAACAUUUGCAGAUGAAGAAUUACUUAAAUUAGCUGCUAUCUAUCAACUUACAAUUCUGACUGGACUAUGUAAACUUGCUCUGAAGAAAAGAAGUGCCAUGCAAAUGGCUAAAGUCAGCAAAUAUUUAAACAGCAACGCCGAAGAUCUUUCCUCUUCUAAAAUCAUGCCGGAGAAAGAAACGGAAAUAUUUUUUGAUCGGACCACGCCUACCUUCCGAUGCCCUUGGCUAUUGAAAAAAGCUGAAAAUGACUAAACCAUAUGUGUGAUGCAAUAUCAAAAUGAGGAUAUUUUUAUUGCUUACUUCACUGAAGAAAAACAAAUUGAUUCGCAAUUGAACCAAAGCGAUAACAGUAAACCUGUGAUUCAUUUUGCAUGUGCGAAGCAUCGCACCUUUGGUCUGCAAAUUGAAGAUGUUUAUUGCGGCAUGCAGGAAUCAGCCACGCGGGGAUACCAACAAUGGUUAAAAAUGGAACCGAAACAUCAGAAAAACGCAGAAUUACUACACUUUACCGUACGAGCUCUUUUUGACUUGAGCCAAGGAAAACUUCAAUCCCGAGUCUACUUCCACAUCAAAACGGUCAGCACGAUCAGCAACUAUUACUACGAGAUGAUGGACAACGCUUGGACGAUAGAUUUUUGGAUUGCAGCUAUAAAUCAGAAGUUGACGGAUGUCGAAAUUUUUAUCGGGACUGUUAAGGUGAUGGAAGCCCAUCGGAUUAUUCUAUGCGCCCGAAGUCCUGUACUGAAUGCAUCUUUGAAGAAGAUCAGUAACACAGUGAAAUCAAUCGUCACAUUCGGGACGGCAUUCGAUGUUGAUACUGUGAAGCAUUUUCUAAAUUUUCUUUACACCGGAUCUUUGAAAACGACUGACGGUGGCCAUCAACUUGGUAAAUUGGCGACAAUGUACCAAGUGGAGACUUUGAACAAUGUGUGUCAACUAAUCAAUCGCGUACCAGAUAUUAAAGAACUGAGCGACUCUCUCUUGCAGGUAGAAUCAUCAAAUGAGUUGCCGUAAUUCUUUAAUUGGAUAUUUUACAAUAUGGUUAUGAAUUUAAUUAUUUAUGUCGUUUAAAUACAGAAUUUCAUGAAAAAUA